AUCGUACACGUUUCUGUUUACACUUUGAGUUUUGUUUACAAAGCUGGGAAGUGAAAACUUUCUACACCAGUCCUCAGUUUCCGAUCCAGGUUGCACCUAAGCCUUGCAAAAGGUAUUUGUAGACCUUGAAUUUACCAUGCAGUCCUGUCUCCAAUGAGCAUUACAGCCAUGCUGCGUGCGUUGCGUGCACUGCUCUACAAAGUGUUCCUCAUCUCACUGAUCUGUAAAUUUGUGACACGUCUGAAGCGGAUCCUGGGCAUCAAGGGUUCGUCGUCCACGGGCGCGGACUUGUUUCCGACAUCGUCCAAAACCGCAUUAUCUGGAGGGUCUUCAGCUGGUGGUGGUGGCGAGGAAGAUGCGAAUGAGGAUGGAGGUGACUGGGGUUCAUGGGAUAAUCAAGAGCCUUUCUCCAUUGAGGUGACAGGUCAGAAAUCAGAAGCAGAGGCCAAGGUUUACUCGAGCAAAGCGAAGCCGCCUCCAGAGCCGGAACCCGAACCAGAUGUCGACUUCUUCACAGAUAUGGAGCCAGUCAUUCAGAAGGCUGCGCAGCAGAAACUGCGUGUGAAGUCACGGAAUGGCGGCGGUGCAUCAUCCGCACAGGCAAAUCGUUUUGCCUUCCAAGAUCCAACACCACCACCGGCCGAGCUGGAGGCGUGGGAUGAUGACGAGGAAGGGGGCCCCACGUCGGCAUGGGAUGAAGACGUUCUGGACGACUCCGAAGCGGAGGCCAUCAGUGCCGAGGCCAAGAAGCAGAAGCGCGAGGUGGAGCGACAGCGGCGACAGCUGGAGCGUGACCAGCGCCGUCAGCAGCAGGAGCAGAAGCGGCAACAGGAGCAGCUGCAACGCAAGCAGCUCGGCAUGAAGAUCUCAUAGUUGUGUCGACGCUACCCGACUUGCCGAUGAUGUUGCUCGGCAAUAGCCCUUCGCAGCUGAUUGUUACCCUGGCGUGGGGGCAUAUGCCUGCGGGCAAUGCUGUAAGUGGAGUUUGUACUGAUUGUGGUGAUCAUACUGCUGCUGCCUGCUACCCGUGUUCCUAGCAACUACAACUUGAGAAAGUGAUGUAUUCGUGUGUCGGCAACGCAGUGGUGCUUGAGUGAUCCAUUGAUGAAUGCCGCCUCAUCUAUCGCCACCACCACCGCUUUCUCGUCGCUGCUGGUUAAUAGUGCUUGGUCGUUCUGUUGCCAGCUCUUAUGAUGCUGUACUCGGAGCUGGUAUGUUAUACCGCCGGGAGCAUGAUCUCGAGAUGGCCAGCGCCCUCUGAGUAGCUCCAGUCAACCGCUCCGCACUAACAGUAACGCCAUCGCUGUACAAAUAUUAGUUGAGAAAAGGGAAUACGUGCUUUUAACGAAAUAUCAGCUUUUUCUCCCUGCUGCCGAUGCCACUAAUGUACAUUUUGCAGAUUUUAUUUUAUUUUGCACAAAUUGCGCUUAACUCAAUCCAAUUUGCUCGCUUUCAAUGUGUGUGUGUGUGUGUGUGCAUGUGUGUGUGUGUGUGUGUGUGUGUGUGUGUGUGUGUGUGUGUGUGUCAGUGUACAUAGGCCAGUCAUAGGGUGCACGUUGGCCAACUUCAUUUCAAGCGAAAUGUGUAUUAACGUGCACAUUGCUGCCUGCUUCAACAUCACGUUUCCUUAAGCAGUUGACUUGCUAUUUCGUGCCGUUUCACUUUUUGGGUCUAUGUACAGCCAAGUUAUCUGUAAAGUGUUUUGCUCUUUU